AUGGAGGAACCCUCUCCGCCCUCGCAGGCAUCGCUGGAGAGAGCGGGGAACGCGCCGGCGAGCUUCUACGACUCCGAUAACUGCAGCAGCGUGUGCUACUCCGGCGAGCCGGAGUCGCUGGCCGCCGCCACGCCGGACGCGGCGGCGCUCCGGCUGCUCUCCGACAAUCUCAAGUCCCUCUUCCUCUCCCCCGAGCUCGCCUUCUGCGCCGACGCCCGCAUCUGCGUGGUCUCCAGUGGCCUGCCCUCCCCGCGCGAGGUGGCCGUCCACCGCUGCCUGCUCUCUGCGCGGAGCCCCUUCUUCCGGCAGCUCUUCGCCGGAGAGAAGGAGAAGGAGAAGUUCGAUCUGCGGGAACUGGUGACGCCGAUCGACGUCGGAUACGACGCCCUGGUGGCGGUCCUCGCCUACAUCUACACCGGGCGCGUGGGGCCUCUCCCUGACGGCGUAUGCGACUGCGUCGACGAGCAGUGCCCUCACGUCGCCUGCAGACCCGCCGUCGACUUCCUCGUCCAGGUCCUCUACGCCUCCUUCACCUUCCAGAUCGCCGAGCUCGUCAGCCUCUAUCAGGUAGACUCUUAUCCUCUCUCUCUCUCUCUCUCUCUCUCUCUCCUCCCCAUCGUCGUCGUCUUCUUUUUCUUCUUCCAGAGGCACCUGCUGGAGAUCCUUGAGAAGGUGGAGAGCGACGACGUGCCGGUGAUCCUGUCGGCGGCGAGCUCCUGUGACAGGGCCUGCGAGCGGCUGCUGGCCAGGUGCGUGGAGGUCGUCACCGGCGGGGACCUCGAUGUGGUCUCCCUGGAGAAGACCCUGCCGCCGGCGAUCGUCAAGCAGGUCCUCGAGUCUCGCCGGAGCUCGGGGCCGGAGUUCCCGGACAAGCACACGAGGAGAAUCCAUAGGGCGCUGGACUCGGACGACGUGGAGCUCGUGAGGAUGCUGCUCACGGAGGGGCACGUCACUCUGGACGACGCCUGCGCCCUCCACUACGCCGUCGCCUACUGCGACGGGAAGACCACCAUGGAGCUGCUGGAGAUCGGGGUGGCCGACGUCAAUCGCCGGAACCAUAGAGGGCUCACCGUGCUCCACGUAGCCGCGAUGAGGAAGGAGCCCCACAUCAUCGUCUCGCUGCUCACCAAAGGGGCAAACACCAGGGACCUGACCGGGGACGGGAGGAACGCCCUGCAGAUCGCGAAGAGGCUCACCACGUACGCAGAGUACUACAGGGAGACGGGGGAGGGGAUGCCAUCGCCAAAGGACAAGCUCUGCAUCGAGAUCCUUGAGCAAGCGGAGAGGAGGGCGCCGCAACCCGGGGAAGCCUCCGUUACUCUGGCCAUCGCUGGGGAAGACGCCCGCACCAAAUUGCUGUACCUGGAGAACAGAGGUGAGAGAUCAGUGCAGCCCCAUCCUUCCCCUCCUCGACGAUCAUACAUUUGCUGCCAUUAAUGGUCGACACUCAAGGUGGGUGGAGGAUGAUGACGAUGAUGAUGUCUUCUUUGAGGAUUAAGAUUGGGGGUUCAUACCGAUUGAGGAUGGGUAUUCGUAUGAACCAGUUAACUUUGAGAUCUACCCAUCUCUGGGGAAGAACUCUAAUUAUAGACCCACGUAGUGAUUGCUUCAUCGGAUUAUCCGCUUUUCUCAUUGCCACAAUAGAUUUUUUCGAGUUAUCGGACAUCAUCAUCGUGAAUCUGCUGCGUUUCCCGAUAAUUUCCUCGACGAAGUCGAAGAAGACUCCUCCCCUUCUGUUCUAUACCUGCACCAGAUUACUCUGGCUCACUGGUCGUGGUGAUCACCCAAUGCAGUUGCUCUGGCGAGGCUUCUGUUCCCCAUGGAAGCGAAGGUCGCCAUGGACAUUGCACAGGUUGACGCGACGCUGGAGUUCACCCUGUGCAACGGCGCCAACCUCGGAGGGAACAAGAGAUCACGAGUUGACCUGAACGAGACUCCCUUCAGCAUCAAUAAGGAACACUUUUCAAGGCUGCGGGCGCUUUCCAAGACUGGUCAGUUCUUCCCCCACCUUCACGACCCACAUGAUUCUUUCCGGAAAUAGCUCAGAUCAGUCUGACCCACGUUGACAUUUCGUUGACUUCUGCCCGGGAUCGUGGUUACAGUGGAGCUCGGGAAGCGAUUCUUCCCCCGGUGCUCGAAGGUGCUGGACAAGAUCAUGGACGACGAGGAAGUGGGAUUCGGAACGGUUUGGACGGCUACCGAGGAGGAGCAGUUCCUGAGGAAGAGGAGGUUCCAAGAACUGCAGGACAUCGUGGGGAAGGCGUUCAGCAAGGACAAGCAGGAGAACGACCGAUCCGCUUUCCCGCCGUCGUCGUCUGCCUCGACGGCCAUCGGAGGGAUCCGAGCGAAGCCCACGAGGAAAUAA